AAUGAGCGGUGAAAAAAAAAAAAUAAACAAAAAGUUAACUGAAGAAGAUAUUAAGGAAUUAACUGAAAGACUUUAUACGACCCACACCAAAAGUUCUAGUGCAGAUCCUUAUGCUAAUGCAGCUGUGGCUCAAGACAAGAUUUCCAAGAAGGUAAAUGAUUCCAAAGAGGUUGAGAAUAUUACGAAUCGACUUUAUAGCUCUCAUACUAAAUCUAGUUCGAUUUCAUCUGGAGAUAAUAACACACCCGUUCAAGAUUCAAUUAGUCGAACUGGAGUUACCAGCAAUGACCUGACUAACAUUAUCGACAGAUUGCAUACUACACACACACAAUCUAGUAGUGGAGCUGUAGGGCAUCAAAGACCGAGGGAUACCAUUUCCAAACCUUUCGAGAGCGAAGAAGAUACGAAGCAAAUAGUUGAUCGUUUACACAAAACGCAUACGAAGAGUAGCUCGGGAGGUGAGCUAUGUAAAAUCUAUGAGCCAAAGACCCCACAGAACUACGGAACGAAAGCUUAUCCUGUCAUCGAAGGCUUAGAUACAAGAUUCAGAGAGAAAACUGCCCCAAAAGAUAAAGUAAAGGAUAUCAUAAACAAAAUGCAUACUUCACAUACAGUCUGCUCCGAGUUGCAUACCUCAAAGAAAAAUGCUUCAAUUUUACUGUAUCCGGAGAGGACAAUCCUUAUGAAUAACGUAGAUCGAAUCGUGCGAUUUCAAGACACUGGAGCGAUAGAUCGACAAGGCAUGUUAGGGCGAACCGAAAAAUGGUACUUUUGA